CUACUUUAGUUUAUUUACAUCUACAAGUUGAACCCAGGAAAAGCUUGCUCGGAGAGCAUCGUUCCAGGCAAAGACAAGAAGAAACCUGUAACAUAAACAAACUCAAAACGACGAAAACAAAACCCAGAUCCGUUCAAAGUCCUAAACCCAUUAUUAAUUUUGUCAAAACCAAAACCCCUUUUCUUUUUAUCUUAUGAUUCUGUGCUGAAAAGCAAAAAGAAGAGGAAAGGUUCAAUCAGAAGUGAAUUAUGGGCUGUUGUGAAUCAUCUUUUCAAACAGAAACCCACCCAGAGAAAGACCAGAGUCGGAAACAGCAACAGGAGCCCCGGAAUCAUAACCAAGCAGGUCCAGGUGCUGGAGCCGACGACCCAGAUGUUGCUAAUGGAGUCCCUUCUUUCACUGAGUUCUCCUUGGCUGACCUUAAAGCAGCCACCAAUAAUUUCAGUUCAGAUAACAUAGUUUCUGAAAGUGGGGAAAAAGCUCCUAACCUUGUUUAUAAAGGUCGUUUGCAGAACAGGAAAUGGAUCGCUGUUAAGAAGUUUACUAAGACGGCUUGGCCUGAUUCUAAACAGUUUGUGGAUGAAGCAUGUGGAGUAGGGAAGUUGAGACACAGGAGGUUGGCAAAUUUGAUAGGGUAUUGCUGUGAUGGUGAUGAAAGGCUGCUUGUUGCUGAGUACAUGAUUAAUGACACACUUGCUAAGCAUUUGUUCCAUUGGGAAAAUCAAACCAUCGAGUGGGCGAUGCGCUUAAGAGUAGCUACCUGCAUUGCUGAAGCUUUAGAUUAUUGUAGUAGUGAGGGCCAUCCAUUAUACCAUGAUUUAAAUGCUUAUAGGGUUCUUUUUGAUGAGGAUGGUGAUCCACGUCUUUCAUGUUUCGGCCUGAUGAAAAAUAGCAGGGAUGGGAAAAGUUAUAGCACUAAUCUUGCAUACACGCCUCCUGAGUAUCUAAGAAAUGGGAGAGUCACCCCAGAAAGCGUUAUUUACAGUUUUGGCACUGUUCUUCUUGAUCUGCUUAGUGGGAAGCACAUCCCUCCUAGUCAUGCCCUUGAUAUGAUACGGGGUAAAAACAUCAUGGUCCUCAUGGAUUCACAUUUAGAGGGAAAAUUUUCUACAGAGGAGGCGACCGUGGUUGUUGAACUUGCCUCUCAGUGUUUGCAAUAUGAGCCCAGGGAACGGCCUAGCGUGAAGAAUCUUGUUGCCACACUUGCUCCAUUGCAAACCAAACCUGAUGUUCCAUCUUAUGUUAUGCUUGGAAUAUCAAAAUACGAGGAAGCUCCACCAACCCCACAGCGUCCACUUUCUGCAAUGGGUGAGGCCUGUUCACGACUUGACCUUACAGCCAUCCAUCAGAUAUUGGUGAUGAAUCACUACAAGGAUGAUGAAGGGACGAAUGAGUUAUCUUUCCAAGAGUGGACUCAGCAGAUGAGAGAUAUGCUUGAGGCUAGGAAGCGUGGAGACUAUGCAUUCCGUGAUAAAGAUUUUAAAACCGCCAUUGACUGUUAUUCCCAGUUCAUAGAUGUCGGAACCAUGGUUUCCCCAACUGUUUUUGCUCGACGCAGCCUAUGCUAUCUAUUUAGCGACCAACCGGACGCUGCCCUUGCAGAUGCAAUGCAGGCACAGAUUGUGAAUCCAGAGUGGCCGACUGCCUUCUAUAUGCAAUCAGUUGCUCUUGCCAAACUAGACAUGCAUAAAGACGCCGCAGACAUGUUGAACGAGGCUACCGGACUUGAAGAAAAGAAGCAACGAGUCGUGAAGGGAUCGUGAGAACAAAAUAUAGUGUUGUUUGAUUCUACAUUUCUGUACCAUUUUCAUGUUGAGGCUGCCGAAGGUUUGUGUAAAAAUCCGAGUACGAAAUUGGAUUUCAAAUUGAAAUUGUAUGAAAUAGCAAAGGAUGUGCAUCUUUUUUUCCCCAUUUA